AAUAAUUAAAUAUUGAAAAAUAGUUUUGAAUGGAAGGUUUGGAAUCUUCAAAUUCUAAUAAGUUGUAGGCCUUGAGAAUAGUGGACAUUGAGUUGGCAACGUUGAAAACGGGGGAGGGAAAACCGGAAAAGAUAGGAACGGCGGGUACGCUUCGCCAUAUUUGCCAGUGGCAAAUAUAGAGUGGCUGUACGCAUAAAGAAGCAAACGGACUUUUCGCAUCUUUACGGCAACCACACAUUUUCUCUUCCCUCUCCCAAUACCGUACCGUUAUUAUCGUUUUAAUAAUACUGUAAAGAUUUACAGUUUGGAAAAUUUUUAAUUUUUAAACGUAACGUUUUUCUAUUUUGCUAGUGUUAAUCUGGCUCUUUAAUCUUGCGACCUCGAUAGCACGUAAAAACAGCAGCGGUAGCAGUGGUGGUGUGUAGCAUCAUCGUCAGUGUCAACCUGUCGUACAUCACGGUGGCCAAAGAAUAGCGUUGAUGAUUGGGAUUCCAAGGGACGAUAGACACAAAAUCACGGUGAAGAUCCGAAACAACAUGAAGCGUAGCUCGAGUCGGGACUCGCCGCCUCCGCGCGUCAAGCGAGGCAGAUCAUCGAUCGGACGAUACGAAGACUCGAGUGAUGAGCGUAUAACUCCGGAACGAAUUCGGCGGCGCAGUCGAGGUGCCAGAAGCCCUUCACCACCACCACGUUCUCGCUACAUAGAAUCUGGUUCUCACCGAGAUGAAUAUUCUCGUCCACCUAGGGAAAUACCCACAGAACGUCCUUACAGCUAUAAAGUAUUAUGUGUUAGUGGUAUCCAUCCGAAAGCGAGCGAUGAAGCUGUGAAGGAAACUAUCUACAGAGAAUAUAAGAAGUUCGGUGACUUCUCUAUAAAAAUAGCACAUGAACUUGAUGAAAGAGUGGCGUAUGUAUGUUUUCGUAGUCAUGAAGAUGCUAGAGAUGCAAAGUAUGCUAAACCCAGAAUUCCUAUAUACGAUAAGCUAGCUUUAGUUGAGUCUGUGUAUGAAAGGCCUGAACCUUAUAGACGUCCACGUUCUAUAACUCCACCUGAUUAUGACCGUUACUAUGCAAGGUCUCCUGGACCGACUGACAGACACAGACCUAUUGAAAGAUAUGACAGAGUUUAUGGACCACCUGUGGGAAUACCACCUCGAGAACUACGAAGAGAUGCCUUACCCCCUCCCCAUCACGAUUUUGUGAGACCACCUUUACAUCACGGACCACCACAUGUUCAUCCAGGCCCUCCUCACCAUUAUGGUCCACCCAGACACAUGAUGGUACGCCAUCCGGUGCAUGGUUUUGAACGAGUUGAAAAUAAAAAGGACAAAUUUCCAAACUACUUACAUCACGUAUCUCCAGAAGAUGACCCUUUAGCAACUCGAACUCUUUUUGCUGGAAAUUUAGAAAUUAACAUAACUGAAGAAGAACUACGACGAAUUUUUAGUAAAUAUGGAAUCGUGGAUGAUAUUGAUAUUAAAAGACCUCCUCCAGGCACUGGAAAUGCCUAUGCUUUCGUGCGCUUUCAAACCCUAGAUAUGGCCCAUCGCUGUAAAGUUGAACUAUCAGGGCAAUACAUUGGAAAAUUUCAGUGUAAAAUAGGGUACGGUAAGGCUACUCCUACAACACGAAUUUGGGUGGGUGGUCUUGGACCAUGGACUUCGGUAGCUCAAUUAGAAAGAGAAUUUGAUCGGUUUGGUGCCAUCAAGAAAAUUGAUUAUAUAAAAGGUGAUAGUAAUGCUUAUAUUCUUUAUGAUUCGAUAGACGCUGCACAAGCUGCUGUUAAAGAGAUGCGAGGCUUUCCUCUUGGCGGGCCAGACAGACGUUUACGUGUAGAUUUUGCAGAUGUGACCCCAGGAUUUGGAUUUAAACCAAGACCGUAUCCUGAAGAUAGUGCUGAAUUUAGAACUAGACAAACCGAUUAUGAAGCUGGUUAUGAUCCAUACAGCGCUGAAGGAGAAUUUAAUUAUAGCUCUUCUAGAAGCUUUAGGGGUAGAGGUUCAGCUUCUUGGCAUGAAGGUCGUGGAGGAAGUCGAAGAGGUGCUUAUCGAGGAUCAUAUCCUGAAGGCAGUUAUCCAAGAGAGGAAAACGAUUGGCCCAGUGGUAGAAGACCCCCACCAGAAGUUGAUUAUGAAGCUACCAGAGGUAUUAGGAGGUCACUUUCAAGGGAACCUGGAGUAGAUAGAUCGAGGUCUCGAUCACCCAGAAGAAGACCUGUGGAUUCUGAUUCAGAUUCAGAAAACACAAGACCGGGAAUGCUUGGUAGUUCAAGAACUUUACCUGAUGUUGCAAGAAAAUCCAUUGCUGUAUGGCAGGGGGCUCUAAUCUUAAAAAAUUCUUUAUUUCCGGCUAAAUUCCAUUUAACAGAUGGCGAUACUGAUAUUAUAGAUUCAUUAAUGAAAGAUGAGGAUGGUAAGCACAUGCUUAGGAUUACUCAGAGAUUACGUUUAGAUCAACCUAAGCUAGAUGAUGUAUCCAAGAGAAUCCAAACUUCCAGUUCACAUGCAAUAUUCUUAGGCUUGGCUGGCUCCAGUGGAGCAAUUACAAAUGAUGAUGCAAAUGUGCAAACGCGACCACUGAGAAACUUAGUAUCAUAUCUUAAGCAGAAAGAAGCAGCUGGAGUGAUUUCAUUGUUAAACAAGGAUACAGAAGGCACUGGAGUUCUAUAUGCUUUUCCACCCUGCACUUUCUCAACAGAUCUGUUGAAACGCACUUGCCCAAACUUAAGUGAAGAAGGAUUAAAAGAGGACCAUUUGGUUAUUGUUGUAGUGAAGGGUGGUAGUGCUUAAAAUUGUGUUUUUGUACGAAGCAUAAACUGAACUAUAGAUUAGGUGAUUUAAGGGGAUCCAAAAUUUCCAGACGCCAAACAUGAAGAGUACUUUUUAGAAACGAAUUAAGUUUCAUUCAAGUUUUUUAUGUUCCAAGCAUUUUACACACUUGUACAAUAUUUAAAGUAGAAUGAAAGGUUUAUGGAACACAACAUAAAUAAGGUGACUAAAGUAAAAUUUAUAUUUUGCUUUAAAAUAGACAUUGUUCAUAUGCUUUUGAAUUUGAAAA